AUUACAGAGAGAAGCAAAUAUGGGAGGGAAAGGGAAAAAGAGAAGAGAGAAGAAUUACAGAGCAGCUCAUGGAGGCACCACUAGGCUCCCUCCCCCACCCACCCCCUCCUCCCUUGAUGCUCUUCCCUCUAAGCUCCGUCAAAUUAUGGCCUUUUCAGGUGCUAGGAAAGCUUCACCCAAUAAUGCAGAUAGGAAGAAAGGUGAUGGUGGCGGCAGUGCUAAUGGGAAGAGACUACAUUCAGAAGAUCGAAUUCAAGCUAAAAAUGCGGGUACCAAAAGGAAAGAUGAUGAAAGCAAUUUGAGUGGUGUCGGAGAUAACGCACAUCAGAAGCGAAAUAAAAAGAGAAAAAGGAAGGAAGUGAAGGACCUUCGGUUUGAAACGGCUGAACCGGGUGUUACUAGUUCAAAGAGAAAGGAGCGAAAGAAACAGCGUUUAGAAGCAAGAAAGAAGAAACAUAAGAAUGCCAAUAUGGAUGAAAAUGUGGAUUUCCCUGGCCGUGAAGAAAUAAAAUUUGGUGAAGUUGUUCAAGCUCCACCUAAGUUGGUUGUUCCAAAGGCAUUCAAGAAUGUACAAGAUGCUUCAAAAGAAAGACUUCGAUUGCAAGCAGUUGAGGCCUACAGGCAGCGGAAAGGAUGGUCAUCAAGACCGGGGAUUCAGCUUCCUCAACCAAUCACAGAGUCUCCACUGGUAUAGUUAUCCCAGAAACAUGGUUUCAUUUUUCUCUGGACAUCAAAUGUGAGCUAGCUGGUAGUAUACUUGAUGCCAUAUAAAAGCUCUACAUUGUGCACCAUAUAAUAUCCAAAGAGUCAAAAAGAAGGAAAUACUUGUCAGAGGAAAAAUUAAAAGGAAAAAAAUUGGAAAGGUAGUGGAGGUUCGGUUUGAAUCAUAUAGUAGAGGAAACUUUCUUGUAGUUUAGUAGCGUUUAUGUCAUUGAAUGAAUGUAAAGGGAUGUACUGUAGAUGCUAAUUUACUUUAUUCAGUUUAGCAUCUGCAUGCGUUUAUGUUAACCCUCUUUUAAGCUGGCGCAUAUUUAGUUUGAUC